AAGUUCGGUUUUGACUUUUGCAUCCCCUCCGGACAAUCUGCACAGCCGUGCCACAGCAAGGACCCUUUUGUCAGAAUCUACCCGACCAUGGCACGGAAGGCAAAGUCUCAAGCUCUGACGCUUCUGCUCGUCGUCCCUCUCCUGUCUUUUGCUGGAGUCAUGUUCUACAUGUCCAAGUGUACUCCCGGUCCUGCACCGGAGUGUCCUCAGCCGGACAACAGCCGCAUCACCAACGAGGGGCUCAAGUCGGUCAAGCGUGACCACACCGCAUUCCUCGUUGUCCUUAUCAUGUCUGGACCUCAACUGGACGCGAGACGGUACACCAUCCGUGAGACGUGGAUGACGAAGAGGACGAAAGACAUCAUCAUCAAGUUCGUGAUCGGGACGCACGGACUAUCCGGAGAGGAGAAGAAGCAGUUGGAGAAGGAGAGUGCUCAGCACCAUGAUCUCCUUCUCCUGACAUCCCUCCAGGAGAACCUACUGUCAAACACCCAGAAGCUUAUAGAUUCCUUCGUCUGGGUCGACAGGCACGUGGACACCAACUUUGUGCUGAAGGUCGACGACGACUCCCUGGUAAGGUUGGAUGCUCUGUCCCGGGAGCUUCGCAGCAAAAACCAUGAGAGGCUUUACUGGGGAUUCUUUGAUGGACGCCAGCACGCACAUACCCGUGGAAAGUACGCCGAGAACGACUGGCUCCUCUGUGACCACUAUCUCCCAUUUGCCAUCGGUGGUGGCUACAUCUUAUCCAGCGAUUUGAUCCACUAUGUUGCCAUCAACGCCAAGAUGCUCAAAAAGUACAAUGCAGAAGACAUAUCGCUGGGUUCGUGGCUAGCUGCAGUCGAUGUCGACAGGGAGCAUGAUCCUCGCUUUGAUACGGAGUACAAGUCGCGAGGCUGUCGCAACGUGUACCUCAUCUCGCACAAACAGACAAGCCAGGAGCUCAAGGAGAAAUGGAGCCACUUGCAGAAGACCGGUAAAAUGUGCCAAAAGGAAGAGCAGCUUCGGCAAUCUUACGUUUACAACUGGAACAAACCGCCCACGGAGUGCUGUGAAAGGGUACAGGGUGUUCCUUGAUUGACAUUUCAAAUGAUAGAAUUACUUCAAGGAUGUACAUGUAUUUCACAUUGACCGAACUUGCAUGAAACAGGGUGUAUGGGAGUGACUAUUGUGAAAUUAGGCACUUCAUCUAUCAUCAGUUAAACAAAACUGAGCUUCCAAAUUCAACAUUUAAUAAUUCACAUUAGAGUAAAAAGGUGUGCAGCAAAUGAAAUUGACAAGAAAUAAAACAUGUGCAAGGAAGAAUAUUUUAUUAGACUGACCUCGCAUGAACCAGGGUAUUUUAUAUUAUUGUGAAAUUAGAUCCUUCAUUCUGUAUCCGUUCAUUGCCAUUCAACAAAAGUCAAUAUAUGCACAAUUUGUCAAUAGUUUUACUAAUGAUGAUGUGAAGAGAAUCGUUUCUAUAUCGCUUUACAGUUUAUACUAAUGUUUCUAAGCACUGUACUAUUGUUACCCCGCCAUUAAGCCGAGCUACUGUGAUAGGCGCUCCAGAAAUAUUCUCUUCCCAGGGUACUCAGAUUUACAUAAUAAUAAUCUUCCUACAAUGAGGAAUAUAACAUUAGCAACACAAAACUUGCUUAUUAGAUUCUUGCCUAACAAAUGUAAUAACUAAUGCAAUCAAGUACUACAAUAUUGUUACAUGUACUUUUUUUAUGAUGAAAUCCAAAGAUUUUUUUAUUUUGUAAUUUCAUUUCAAGGUUUAUCAAAAACAUAUGUUGAUGUUCACAGCCUGAUGGAUGAAUUGUCAUGUUUUACAGAUCUUUAAUAAU